UUAACUACCGAAAUUUAAAAUAACAAACACGCGUUAAUUCUGUCUCUCCCACUCCGCAAAUUUCUCUCCUCUCUCUCUCUCUCCGUCUGCGCCUGGAGAGAGGUCAGAGCUACCACCGCCGCCAACAUCUCCGGCACACCUCCACCCCUUGAUAUGGUUAACAAUUCCUCCUUCCUCCUCCGUCUUCCGAAUUCCAUUUGAUGCGACGAUUGAAUGCUCGCAAUCGGGUCGGCUCAAAUCCAAACCAAAUGGAUCCAACCGUGAAACGGAUCCAAGUCCGCUCCACCAAUCUCUUCGCUCGCAACAGCAAUAGCAACUACAGUUCAAAGUGUCUCUGUUUCAAGACCACGUUCAUCGGUCCUCUCUUCUUCUCGUUCCUCCUCAUCGUUUCAUACUACACCUUCUUCUCUUCCUCAUCAUCGGGAGCCAGAACCAGUUUCCGUUACACUAUAAUCGUCGACGGUGGAAGCACGGGAACUAGGGUUCAUGUGUUUAAGUAUAGGGUUACAAACGCGUUGGAUUUUGGGAAAAAGGGUGUGGUUUCGAUGAGAGUGAAUCCAGGUUUAUCGUCGUUUGCGGAGGAUCCAGACGGAGCGGGUAGUUCGCUGUCGGAGCUGGUGGAGUUUGCGAAACAUCGGAUCCCCAAGGAGAGGUGGAGGGAGACGGAGAUUCGGCUUAUGGCUACUGCUGGGAUGAGGAUGCUGGAUGUUGAAGUGCAGCGGACUAUUCUAGAGUCUUGUAGGAGUGUUUUGCGUUCUUCUGGAUUCAAGUUUAGUGAUGAUUGGGCUUCUGUUAUAACAGGUUCUGAUGAAGGAGUGUAUGCCUGGGUUGUUGCUAAUUAUGCACUGGGAACUCUUGGAGGUGAUCCGUUGGAGACAACUGGGAUUAUCGAACUUGGUGGUGCUUCUGCUCAGGUAACCUUCGUAUCAAGAGAAGCAAUGCUGCCUUUGUUCUCACGCACUGUUAAAUUUGGGAAUAUCACUUACAGCCUUUACAGCCACAGCUUGCUUCAUUUUGGCCUGAAUGUUGCUCAUGACUCAUGGAGAGAAGCACUUAUAUCAGGAGAUUCAAACCUGGCUUCUCAAUAUAUUAAGGAUGGGUUGCACAUAGAUCCUUGUACUCCGGCAGGGUACUCUUAUAAUGUGGAUUCGUGGAAGUCCUCGCCUAGCUCACAUAGUGAAGAAAGCGAAUAUCAGCCCACUGUUCAGUCAAGGGGAAACUUUUCUGCGUGCAGGUCUGCAGCAUUGACCCUAUUACAAAAGGGGAAAGAGUCGUGUUCUUAUCAGCAUUGUGACAUAGGAUCGACUUUUAUACCUAAGCUUCAGGGGAAAUUUUUGGCUACAGAAAAUUUCUUUCACACAUCAAAGUUUUUUGGAUUGGGGCCACAUGCUUAUCUCUCCAAGUUGAUGACUGCUGGGCAAAAAUUCUGUGGAGAGGAUUGGUUAAGGAUAAAAAAAAAAUAUGUCUCCCACGACGAGGAAGAUUUACUUCGACAUUGCUUCUCUUCUGCUUACAUUGUUGCUCUGCUUCAUGACAGUCUUGGGAUUGGUAUGGAUGAUGAUAGGAUCAAAGUUGCUAAUCAGGUGAGAAAUAUUCCGCUCGACUGGGCUUUAGGAGCUUUUAUUCUGCAAACUACAGCGGAUUCAGAUCCACAUAACCAUAACUGGAUUGCCUCCAUUUUCAGCAAUGAAUCACCCACUCUCCUCACACUGGUUGGAAUUUUUAUAAUACUGUUGUUUACAGCAUGGUCUAUAUCUAGGUGGAGGAAACCUCAGUUGAAGACAAUUUAUGACCUAGAAAAGGGACGAUAUAUAACUACACGAGUUGGUAGGUAAUGCUUGAUAGUAGAUCAGAUCUGGGUUCUUGGUAUACAUACAUGGCUGCAUGUGAUUUCGACGAAAAUAUUUAUCAUUUGAUUGCCGCUUGCGUCAUACCAUCAAGGCAAUGCUAGUUGGGCUGAGAUUGUACAACAUUGGAUAUGGAUGCAGCAUGUGAAGAUUGAUGAACUAGUGUAGAGUAGUAAGUUCCAUUUUGUGUUACGCCACUCACUAUACCGGUUACAGAUAUGAACAGUAGGUCAAGAAGUGGAGCAAGUUAGCCUAGGAAAUUGCCUGGUGGAAUUGAAUGUUGCAUCCUUCAACAGAAAAACCAUGUUAUGUGAUCUUUUGUAAUUGUACCCAACUUUGUACCAAAAAAAAAUACUGAACUGAUAUUUUCCAAUUGCUAAUUGCAAAGAGAAACACUCAUUUCAUCA